ACAUUAAUCAUUGAAAACGAUGAAGAUCAAGCACGUAGCAUUUCUCCUCGUCUUUGCCUUGACCUCGCAACCGCUACUAGGAGCUGGUGAAUCUUUUCAUGAGCAUGUGAUUGAUACAUCAGGGAAGAAACUGAGAGCUGAUGCAAAUUACCAUAUCAUCCCUGCUGUGCCCUUCACCAUAUGUGGCUUUGUUAGCUGUUUCACUGGUGGAGGCCUUGCACUUGGCGGCAUCGAUGAUGAAUCAUGCCCUCUUGAUGUUGUAGUUGAGAAAGCCGAUGAAGGCCUACCACUGAGGUUCUUACCUUUCAACACUAAAAAGGGUGUCAUUCGUGUCUCCACUGAUUUGAACAUAUUUUUCUCAGAUGCUGAUGAAAGAUGUCCACACCAUUCCACUGUAUGGAGGCUUGGUCACUUUGAUGCCUCUACUGGUCAGACAUAUGUGACAACUGGUGGUGUUGUCGGAAGCCCAAAUCAGCACACAAUUCAGAAUUGGUUCCAGAUUCACAAGUACGAGGAUGCUUAUAAGCUGGUUUAUUGUCCCCCUGUGUGCCCCUCUUGCCACCAUUCGUGCGAGGAUGUUGGAGUGUUUGUGGAUGGGCAUAGGAGAAUGCAUCUGGCACUCAGUGAUGAUCCCUUCAAAGUUAAGUUCAAAGAAGCCUGAUCAAACCUCUUUCCAUUUAAAACUCACAGUGAAUACUUGUGUUGAUCAUAAUGAUCCAUGAAUUAGAUUCCUUUCUGAAAAAUAAAUGAAGAACACACAAUAAAAGAUAUGUAUCUCCAUCUCCAAGCAAAU